GGUGGUGCGCAGUGUCGAGGAUCGAGGCACACAGCGAGCAAUUCGACAUGCAUUUGCUCCUGGAUGUCAACUGCGAUGUGUACCCUCUCCACAGGGACGAAAAAUUCACCAUGGCUUUGGCGCCGACGCUCAGCCUGGAUGGCACGCCCGACGAAGGCGUGCUUGAUCAGAGUGGCAAGAGGUCGCUCGCGGAUCGCUACGACUACGUCAUGUACGGUAAGCUCUACAAGUAUAGCGACGACCACAGCACGGGCGCUCUCAAAGUAGACAUUUAUGUGUCGUUUGGGGGAUUGCUGAUGAAACUCAAGGGAGAUCCACAGCAUCUUAACGAGCUGCAAAUGGAUCAGCGCCUCUACGUGCUACUCAGGAAGGUCAAAUGAAUUCUCUCUAGCUCUUUGUUAA